AUGGCCCCAGAAAAACAUACCGCAGACGACCAUAAUGUCAUCAUUAUUGGUGCAGGAUGGCAGGGUGUUGCAGCCGCUAGGACGUACCUACAGCUCAAACCCAACAUCAAACUGACUGUAAUUGACUCUGACAGCAGCAUCGGCGGAGUCUGGAGUAUUGAACGAAGCUAUCCUGGACUCAUUGCCGAUAGUCCCGUUGGGUGCUAUGAAUUUUCCGACAUGUGUAUGGAUGAAGAUCCGGAGUUGGAAAUGUGGAAGAUAAUUCCCGGUCACAAAGUGGGUGAAUACCUUCGCAAGUUCUCCAAGAGAUUUGGCAUCGAUGAACACCUCCGCCUUAAUACGAAGGUCUUUUCGGCGAUCCCUGAAAAUGGAACUGAUGGCGUGAAGAGGUGGAGUCUAGAAGUGCAGACAAAAGGAAAAGAAAAGGAGUUUCUCAAGUGUGAUAAAUUGAUCGUAGCAAGUGGACCAUCUUCAGAUCCAAAAAUGCCGGAUCUCGAUACGAGUCAAUUCAAUGGUCCUGUGUUUCACUCUCUAUAUCUUGGUGCUCGACAUGCCGAACUUACUGCCGACAAAAUCAAACAUGUAACUGUAGUAGGGGGUAAUAAAUCGGCUGCGGAAGUCGUCAAUUUAUGCGCAACUGCGGGAAAGAAAGUUACUUGGUUGAUACGAGAAGGUGGUGCUGGUCCAGGAAUGCUUAUACAAGCAAGAUCAGGAGGAGUACAUACCGCUGCCAUUGCAUUCUCCAGAUGGGCAGGUCUGACGGUUCCAUGUCUAUUGAGAACUCACGGAUUUUGGUAUUGGCUCUUACACAGUGGUCUCUUUUGGCCCGGUAUCUGGUUGAUUGGAAAAUAUUGGGAAUGGGCUUCUCACUAUAUGUUGAAAGGUCUUUAUGAACAGAGCGAGAAUGCUAAAAAAAUCGCACCUGAUUUACAACAUCUCUUUUGGUCGACAUCUGCACCUUCCUUCCUCCAAGAAGGGAGUACCUUGUUCGAAAAGUUGAAUGAAGGAAUACUUAUAGAUGUCCAACGCACGCAUAUAUCCAAGGUUAAUUCCAACAGUGUCACUCUCGAUAACGGUACUCAUCUUACUACGGACGCAAUAGUAUUUGCCACUGGAUGGAAUUUGACUUUUUCCAAAUUCUUCAAGCCCGAAACGCGUCUUGAGCUUGAUCUUCCAAUCCCGUUUGGUUCGGAACCUCCCGCUCUGAAGGAAUAUUGGAAAGAGCUCGAUCUCGAAGCCGAUCAAUGGGUCCAUAAAACCUUUCCUUUCCUUUCCAACCCACCUAAGACUUAUGAAUCUCCGCCAGACCACACACCAUAUCAUCUCUAUCGUCAAUCAGUUCCCACCACCCUAGCUACCCGCAACGAUCGAUCUAUUAACAUGCACGCACCCGAGAUUGAUAAAGUAUUCAGUGACAAAUUGACGAUGGAUCUCGAUACCGCGCGGGCAAAUGCAUUUAUGAAGUGGAGAUAUCGACGAGCGGGGAUUAUCGAACCGAAUGUGGGAGCAGAGGUACAGGAUCUUUGUGAUUUACUUUGUGAGGAAUUAGGGGUGGAAGCCAGGAGGAAAUCGAAGGAUAGGGGAUGGAAAGGGUCGUGGAAUGAGUGGUUCGAGCCGUAUCGAAGUAUGGAUUAUAAGGGGGUUGUGGGGGAAUUCUUGGAGGUGGUGAGGAGAAGAGAGGAGGGAAAAGCUAAGAGUGAGUAA